CUACAGCCUACAGGACAGCAGUCUCGAGAGCAGACGCUCCAUCCGAUUUAAUCGAGGGAGCCCAAAAAAAGGGAGAAAAAAAAAAGAGAAAAAAAAAGGAGCCCGUCGAAAAGCUGUCAAAGCCAGGCGGACCUUACAUCACAAAGCAGGCACUUGGAACAUGAGAUCUGUUGCUAGCCUCGGCAGCCUCGCUACCCAGGCACCAUGGUUCUCGGCCUGCUCUUCAUUUCGGCCAUACCCACGGUUAUCGGCGUGGGAGAAGCGAUAAGUGCGCAAAAGAAACAGAAUGAAGCGCAAAAGGAAAAGGUCAAAUUCGCUCUCGGCAUUACCCUAACAAUCGACGGGGUAGAAGAAGAGGCUACCGGAGUGUUGACGGAUGGAAAGCUAUACGUCGACCACAGCGCCUGCCCGGUCAAGGGAUUCAAAUUCUCUGGGUGGUACUUCAUGUACCCCGGCGAAGAACAGCUCAUGGGCUUGGUGAGCAUGACGAACGACAACCCACCGGCGUUGGGGUGGAUCUUCGUGGAUGCGGACACACGCGCCGUGCGAUACGGCAGCCGGAAGGACACGGUGGGCCACGUUGUCGGGCCGUGGCACUGGACGCCGAACGAGAAAUUCCUGACGUUGAGGGGGGGUGGAGAGGGAUUCGUGGCUGUCAAGGAAGAACAGGGAGAAGGCGAAGAGCAAGGCGAAGAGCACAAGGGGGACGAAAAGGACAAAAAGGACAAAAAGGACGAAAAGGAGGGAGGAGGCGCCGAGGCGGGGGAGGCAGGGGAGGAGGCGGCGAGGGCCCGUUGGGUGAUUCAUUGGGACCCAGACGGGGUGCUGCGAGAGCAGCUGGGGGACGAAAGGUGCGUAUCGGUGACACUGCGGCGUCAGUUGGCCUUGGGCGUGGAUAGUCGCUAUGUCAGGGACUAACCCGGGCGACGAACAAUCGAACAUGGAGACUACGGAGCUAGGAGAAGGUUGCGCUGACGACGGCGGCGUUUGCGGAGUGUGGGUGCUGUGGAGGGUCUCGACCGCCCGAAUAGCAGCAUCGGGUUUGGGACAGAAAUAGAAAACAUGUGCGUCAUCAAGCAGUUGUAUGCCCUUGGAUGUGGGAUGAAGACGAAUAAUACGUCUUUUUCUCCUGUUAAAUGUAAAAUAAAAUAAAAAGGAAAAGAAAAACAAAAGGGAGGGAGAGAGAAAGAAGGAAAAACGGAC